AUGCUGUCCUCCCUCGCUAUUCGCCGCACUAUUUCCCUCUCUCUCCGACCGACGGCCCCCCGGCUGUUUUCCACCACUCAAAUCCCGCGCCAGGCAAAUAAGCCCUCCAAUGCCUUCGGCAGCGGCCCAGCUCCGCCACGCCUCCCCAAGGAAGAACAAGAGAUAUUCGAAGAGCUGCAACGACGCUCGACGGGCGCCUUCAGCACACCACAAGUCAACCAGUCCCCGCAGACGGAGAUCAAGGCCAGCGGCGAUGGUUCCGAGCUACACCCAGAUGCGCCGGCGGGCUUGAAGCCGGAGUUCGACGGUGAAAAGAAUCCCAAGACGGGCGAGGUGGGUGGACCGAAGAACGAGCCGUUGCGAUGGGGGUCCGAUGGGGAUUGGAGCUAUGGUGGGCGGGUGACGGACUUCUAA